AUGCCUGAGACAAAUCAAGAAAAAAACGAUGCGCAGAGUGUCGAAAAACAAGAGCCACCCCCAUUGCAACCGCAAGAAGGCGAACAAGAACAAGAUGGUGUAAGUGAACAUUCGGAAAAAGAAUAUGAGGAAUUUGAAGAAUUUGACGAUGCCGACUACGACUACUACGGUGGUGCUGACGGCGUAGAUCCCGAGGAAGAUUUUAAGGACAACAACGACGACAACGUUUGUGACAACAACAAUGAUUUCGACUAUCUUGAUGACGAUGAAGACGAAGCAGGCAACGCGGACGACAAAAUAUAUCGUACAUUUAUGCAACAACUAAUUGAGGCAAGGCAAAAAAGUGCGCAGAAACAACGCGAUUCACGAUUUAUUCCCGCGACACGUCGUUAUCUUCACGCCCCGUUUGUACAACGUGAAAAAUCACUCAACAAAACCCUCAUCAGGAAUUUAAUGUACUUAGUUAAAAAUAUUGUAUCGGGAGAUAUCGGUAUAAAUGUCGCGGACAUUGAUAAAGAUUUGAUGCGGGAACUACUACACAAAAACACGUCAAAAGAUGAAAUUCGAUUACAUCUCAUCGAGGACCGUAGAUUGCACAUCUAUUUUCGACGCGCCUUGAAUGUUAUAGAAGAAACUAAAAAAAAUGGGGGACAACGUGAAAAAACUAAUGAUGUUAGACCACGAGAAGUACAACAAUCUAGUGAAGAUGUUAGAAGUAGUUACCCAACGGCAAAACAUUCUGACCGAUGCCACCCGUACACCCGCAGAAGCGGAACUGGUCGAAAGUCACGGGGAUAUGAUGAAAGCGGUAAAAACUGA